AUGACGCUGUGCGACGAGUGCGACAACGAAGGCGCUCUGCGUUGCAAUGGUUGCAGCGCGAGUUGCUGUUGCUCCAAAGAGUGCCAAAAGAAGGCAUGGCCACUCCACAGAAUUCUCUGCAAAACUUUCAAAGACUUUCAAGACUGCCCCAAAGCCGAACACUCUGGUGAGAAGUACACUCGAGCUAUCUAUUUCCACCCCGACGAAGACGCCCCACGUUUCAUAUGGCUCAAGACUAAGGAUGAGAUGGGAGAGUACGGGUGUAGCUAUCUUAGCGUUUUUCCUGGUCCACUUGCAGCUAUAAACAAGAUGGAGUCCGAGUCCGGAGAGUUCAUUCAUAUGACAAAUACGCAAAUCCGACACAACUACGCUCUCGCCCGCCUACUUCCAUACACCCUCUUUUUGUCUUCCCGCGAAGACUUUCUUCAUGACGGAUCCACGCACAACAAAGCCAGCGAUAAGAUCGUUGAUCUCAACUCUGUUCACCUGCACGAUUGGAGAGGUCCUAUGAUCGCCUAUGGCACUGACGUCUUCGACGACGUUCCCCACAGUUACAACCCAUCCCACAGUCAAGAUCUCGGCCCCUGCGACCUUCGGAUUCUCGCACACUGGCUCAACACUUACUAUCUCAAGUACGGAAAUCUCCGAACGAUUGAGGACCUACAGCCAGAAUUGAGUAAUGUGGUUGGCGUGCGCAUCAACUGCAAUGGCGACGUCGAUACCGACGGUCGUCCUCGUUACGAGCCCAUAGAGCUUCCUGCCUUCCAUCGUAUCUUUGAACAAACAGCUACCGACGUUUCCAAGCACAUCGCAAUCCCUCUGGUUGUUCAGCGCAUUCCUGGAAGUGUCAAGAAAUGGCAGAAGCAUUCGGAGUCAUCCUCGAGCAAGUUCCCUUGGGUCAACACAGCGGGCACUUUCCUGAAUAUCGGCUGCAAGCCCCAGAGCAAGCGAUCCGGUUUCGACUGGGGGUUUGCACCACCGGAAUGGCAGACAUCCGUUGGCGCUGUCGUCGUCGUGCGCAAAGACAAGAAGAAGCUGCUCCCUGAACAUGUUCACGCGCUUGUCGAAUACCACCAGCAUCAUCUCAUGCGUGUCUUCGGGGAAGAGUCUCAAGGUAUGCACUCCGAUGGGUAG